UUACCGUUUCUCGCAUAAUUUUACGGGAAGCACGAUAAAAAUGCCAAGUGCGUCGUUCACAUCGUCGCGCAAUUACGUGCGAAGAUCCCGAAGAAAAGGUGCAAACAGGAUUCCUCUUCCUUCGAGAACAACCUCGGCCGAGCCAUGCGAUUUGCCAUGUUCAGCAUCAAAUCAGAUACCUCCUGGUGGUGGAGUUGGUGGUGGAGGAGGAGGAGGAGGUGGAGGUGGGGGUGGAAAUGGUGGAAGAGGAUCAUCACCCAGUGUUUCUGGUGUUGCAGCACCAUCGCCUUCUCCAUCACAUUCUCAUUCAUCUCCUUAUGAUUUAAGACGUAAAAGUCCACCUCAUCCAGAUCCUGCUCCUGGUACUAGCUCUGCCCUACCUCCUUCGGGUGGUAGUAGUAUAGGAGCCACUUUAGGUUCUUCCUCUUUACCAGCAAGAAAACGACCCAGACGGACUUGUUCAUUGUCCACAGAUGGUACAAAUACAAAUACUGCAGCACAUUAUCUUCAAUAUGAAUUACCAGAUGAAGUAUUGCUUACUAUAUUUAAUUAUCUAAUGGAACAGGAUUUAUGUAGAGUUUCUCAAGUUUGCAAGCGUUUUCAAACUAUUGCAAAUGACACUGAACUGUGGAAGUCAUUAUACCAGCAAGUUUAUGAAUAUGACUUACCACUAUUUAAUCCUGCACCUUGUAAAUUUGAAUUUGUGUCACCAGAUGAAUCAGACUAUCCAAAUCCAUGGAAAGAAAGCUUUAGACAAUUAUAUAGAGGAGUACAUGUUAGACCAGGAUUUCAGGAUUUGAAGUUUAAAGGUCGGAACUUGCCAUACUUUAAUACAGUUCAGGGAGCAUUAGAUUAUGUAGAUGAAUUCAGAAGCAAUAGCAGUUCCUCGACUAAUAAUAGCACGACUACAAGUGGUCAAGGAAAUUGUUGUGGAAAUAAUUCUCAAACAACAGAAGAAGCGCCUCAACAUUUAGUUUUCUUACAUGCUGGCAUAUAUAGAGGCGAAUUUCUUGUAAUCGACAGCGAUGUUGCACUAAUUGGAGCAGCACCCGGAAAUGUUGCAGAAUCUGUUAUAUUAGAAAGAGAAAGUGAAUCUACAGUUAUGUUUGUAGAAGGAGCAAAACGAGCUUAUGCCGGCCACCUUACAUUAAAAUUUACCCCAGAUGUUACUAGUACAGUACCGCAUCAUAAACACUAUUGUUUAGAAGUUGGUGAAAAUUGCAGUCCUACAGUUGAUCAUUGUAUAAUUAGGAGUUCGAGUGUUGUUGGAGCAGCUGUUUGUGUGUCGGGUGUAGGAGCAAAUCCUGUGGUAAAGAAUUGUGACAUAUCGGAUUGUGAAAACGUUGGACUUUAUGUCACUGAUUAUGCUCAAGGAACUUAUGAAGAUAAUGAAAUUUCUAGAAAUGCAUUAGCUGGAAUUUGGGUGAAAAAUUAUGCAAAUCCAAUUAUGAGAAGGAAUCAUAUUCAUCAUGGGAGAGACGUCGGAAUCUUUACGUUUGAUAAUGGUCUCGGAUAUUUCGAAGCUAAUGAUAUUCAUAACAAUCGAAUAGCAGGUUUUGAAGUAAAAGCUGGUGCUAAUCCAACGGUUGUGCAUUGUGAAAUACACCAUGGCCAAACAGGUGGAAUAUAUGUCCAUGAAAAUGGCUUAGGACAAUUUAUCGACAACAAAAUUCAUUCGAAUAAUUUCGCCGGCGUUUGGAUUACUUCCAAUUCAAACCCAACUAUUCGCAGAAAUGAAAUUUAUAAUGGUCAUCAAGGAGGAGUAUAUAUAUUUGGAGAAGGAAGGGGCUUAAUCGAACAUAAUAAUAUUUAUGGUAAUGCCUUAGCUGGUAUACAGAUUAGAACAAAUUCGGAUCCUAUUGUUAGACAUAAUAAAAUACAUCAUGGUCAACAUGGUGGUAUAUACGUUCAUGAAAAAGGACAAGGUUUAAUUGAAGAGAACGAAGUAUACGCAAAUACAUUAGCAGGUGUUUGGAUAACCACAGGAUCGACACCGGUAUUAAGAAGAAAUCGUAUCCAUAGUGGAAAACAAGUUGGAGUUUAUUUUUAUGAUAAUGGACAUGGAAAAUUAGAAGACAAUGAUAUUUUCAAUCAUCUGUAUUCAGGAGUACAAAUAAGGACUGGAAGUAAUCCAGUAAUACGUGGAAAUAAAAUAUGGGGUGGACAAAACGGUGGUGUGCUUGUGUAUAAUAGCGGAUUAGGCUUACUGGAACAAAAUGAAAUUUUUGAUAAUGCAAUGGCAGGAGUUUGGAUUAAAACAGAUAGUAAUCCUACAUUGAAAAGAAACAAAAUAUUUGAUGGCAGAGAUGGUGGAAUUUGUAUAUUUAAUGGUGGCAAAGGUGUUCUUGAAGAAAAUGAUAUAUUUCGUAAUGCUCAAGCUGGUGUGCUUAUUUCUACACAAUCGCAUCCUGUCUUAAGGAGAAACCGAAUUUUUGAUGGAUUAGCAGCCGGCGUUGAAAUAACAAACAAUGCGACAGCUACAUUAGAAUUUAAUCAAAUUUUUAACAAUAGAUUCGGUGGUCUGUGUUUAGCAAGCGGAGUACAACCAACAACUAGAGGCAAUAAAAUAUUUAAUAAUCAAGAUGCGGUUGAAAAAGCAGUUGGAAAUGGCCAAUGUUUAUAUAAAAUUUCGUCGUAUACUUCUUUUCCUAUGCACGAUUUUUAUCGUUGUCAAACAUGUAAUACAACAGAUCGCAAUGCAAUUUGCGUAAAUUGUAUAAAAACUUGUCAUGCUGGACACGAUGUAGAAUUCAUUAGACACGAUCGAUUCUUUUGUGACUGUGGUGCUGGAACAUUAAGUAAUCAGUGUCAACUUCAGGGUGAACCUACGCAAGAUACAGAUACAUUGUAUGAUAGUGCGGCACCAAUGGAGUCACAUACACUUAUGGUCAACUAGGAACUAACGUAAACUAAAUAAAACAAUCAAUCGACAUUGAAUCUGUAUACGAUUGCGUAAUGAUAUGCUUCUUCACGGAUGGAAACGUUGCGUUUAAGACUAUACAUUAGAAUUGUAAGUACGUAAGCGACAGAAACAGACAAUUUUGCAAGAUUAAAAUAAUCCCGAAGUUUUUUGAAAAUAGUUCCCACUUUUACGUAAUACAAAGAAAGAUUUACAGAUGCCAUGGCCUUAAAAAACGUACAUCUAAAAAAGUUCUUAUAAUAUACAUACAUACAGCGGUAUUUGACAGAUAUAUCUUAACUGAUAUUAUGUAAUCGGUAUCAAUAUCUUGUCGACAGAAAGUUGACAAGAGAUGAAUUUUUCAUGCAGCUCAAAUAUCAUUCAAAGAAUUUUAGUAAAACGCAGUUUUAUUAACAGAUAUAUAUCAUUUUAUUGCUUUAAACCUCCAUCGAUUCAAUGUAUCUUUUUUUUUUUUUUCACUUCUCUAUGUUAUAUAUUAUCAAUAAUUUUAUUUCAGUUAAAUUUUAUGAUCCAUUAAAAAAUAUAUAUAUAAAUGAAUAUAUAUUUUGAAUUUUGUAAAAAAUAUGAAGUACGAAGUUCAAUUAAUGUAUAUGCUAAUGUAUUAUGCUAAUUUAAACAACAUUAUUAAUAUUGUUACUAUUACUUUGAUACAUUGAAAUCGAUGAAGGUUUAAAAAACGAUAAACAAGAGGUUAAGUUGCGAUUUCAUGAAACGUGAAACGCAUAAACGCAGCCUUACAUUGUAUUUUCAUAUAGUACAACACGCCGAUACGUGGAAAUAAUAAUCGAUAAGUUGGUCGUUUUUGUAUUCUCGGGUCUACUUGUUAUCGAUUGCGAUCGAAAUGAAUCGCCGUGUUUUCGAUACAUAGGACGUUCAGUGCUUCCGAACCGAACGAACUGUAUAUUCUUUGAUUCGAUGAUCACGUUCGCUGUUUAUCGAUAUUAGAGUGUCCAAGUAAGAAUUAUUACUUUAAUUAUUAUUAUUUAUCUUAGAAACUAUUAGAGAAAAAUUUUUCAAAUAAAAAUUAUUUAAUAUCUUAAGGAUUAUAUAAUAAUCAUAUUGAUUUUUUGUAAGUGUUGCUUAGAAAAAUGAUUUUUGUUUUUUUAAUGGUAUCCUAUAUUUUUUUUGGCUGAUUUUGACUCUCAAAAUAAAUAUAAAUAUAAGUAUUUAUAACGCAAAGUCAUAUAAAAAGAGUUACGUUAUAAACUUACUUAUAUAUUUCUUUUACAUGAAUAUAUAUAUAUGUGUGUUUAAAAAUUGAUUUUUCUUUUAUAGUUUCAAAGAUAAUCAAGGUGUUAAUUUUUAUUGGGACAUCCUGUAUAGUAGGAAUGGUAUUAUAAUAACAGUGUCUUACCCAGGAGAGCAAAUCUUACGAUUUGCGCGAUUUAUAUUGAAAGGAUAAGGUUAAAUUGAGACGACCGGAAAUAACAUGAGAGGCAAAGAAAAAUAAAAGAAAAAGAGCUGUAUUACGUGUAAGCGAGAAAAAGUAGUUAUCAGGAUAGAUAGUCAGAGUUUUGUAAGUGAAAAAGAACAAAACAUCUAUUUUUCACGAGACGGCGAUCGUGAAAAUAUGUACAAUAAGUUCAAUUGUAAAUACGUCACGCGUAAAUAUCUUACUUAAGUAUAUAUAAUAUCGUUCGAAGAAACGAUCAUAAUAAUAAUUAUAAUAAUAUCAAUAUACUAGCCGUAAGGCCAAAAACUUUGCUCCUUAAAAAUACUUUUCUAAGUAGACAAAACAGAAAAAAAAACGCGCGUUUAAACGAGUCAUUGUUUUUUAGCUAAGUAAACUCGAUUUCCACGCUUUAACGUUAUAUAAAAAAAAAAUACUGCAAAAAAAAACGAAAAAUGAUAGAUACGGUAUUCAUAAUACCGAAAGGAUAAAAUAUUAAACAAGCAAGAUGACGAGACUUUUUUGUAUGAACUAAUUUUUUUCAUAUAAUUCGCGUUUAUUAGAUAUAAGAUGAUUGAUAUAAAUCGUUGAAUAUAAUACGUCGUCGCAAUACAUGAGAUGAUAAAAUGAUAUAAAAGGAAAAGGAAAUAACUGAAGUCGAUAUAUUUAGAAAUGAGUAUAUGGAAAAUAUUAAUCGAAAUUUAAUUAAAACAACUCGAUUCCACGCAUCGAGAAUGAAAGAAGCAAUACAAUAUGUAUUGUAAAAGUAUUAAAUACGUGUGGAUUUAUUUUAAUUAUUUUCCGUUUCACACGCUAAAAGAUGAAAAAUGAAAAAGAGAGAAACAAAGAACCGGUAAAUGACGUACUAAUAUAUUUAAAGAACUUAUGUAUACAUAGGAAUGAAGAAAGGGAGAUGUCUGCAUAGGAAUUGAAAAAAUAAAUUUUAUCUUUGGUGCAUAAAGGAAAUAUGAAAUGAUUAAUAAUUAUUAAUGAUUAUUAUUUAAUCAUUAAAACAAAAAGAAACAGGAGAAAAAUGGCCUAUAUAUAGAAAAGAAUCGUUCUUCUUUAAUUUUUUUAUUUUUCUUAGGCGAAACCGACGGACUGUAUAGCGUAUAGACGUAAUAAAUUUAGCGAUCAAAAAGAGGACUCGAAUUCUAGAGAUGAGGAGAGAAGAAGACAACGCACUUACGAUCAUUUUCUUUUUAAAUGUAAAACUCGCACUUGCACUCUAUUUAUCUUUUUCUGCGUUCUAUGAUGGCGCGGCGACAACUGUAUUAUUCAAGUGUAUAAUAGACCACUUAGCCCAUAAACCGAUAUAAAAGAUAUUAAUUCGAUAAUUGGACUCGAUCAACGUUCUUGUCCAAGGUGAUGCAGCCAAGAUUAUUUUUAUCCCCUUGAAAACGCCGACCUAAACAUUGCAAUUGUAUAUUAAUCUCGAAAAAUUUCACGAUCAAUAGGAAUUUUUAUUACUAUCAAUUUCUUUAAUAUUUAUUUAAAAAGAGAAGACAAAAAUUUCUCAAUAGUUUUAUUUAAAACAUUUGUUGAACAAAAAUUCUGCUAAUUCGAACGGUACAACGCAAUGCAGAAAUCAAAAAAAAUAAAUUGACUGUAUCGUCUUGCGCAUGCCUGUGUAUUAUAGUGAAACGCACGAAUUAUCAUGUGUCAUAUAAAUAUAUACAUAUAAAUAUAAAAAAUAUAUAUAUAUAAAUACAAAAAAUAUAUAUAUAAAUAACUAACAAUAAUGAUAAUAAUUAAGUACCUUACAUAUAAGCAGUAUCCAAGAAAUCCGAACUAGUUGCACCAAGUGCCAUAGUCCAUAGGUCACAGUACGUUUAACAUAGCGAGGGUGAGACUAUUCGUAGCAAUUGCUAGGAAUGAAAGAAAAGAAAAAGUAUAAAAAAAAUGGGGAAAAACUGAAAAAAACAUCCACAUAGAAUGAAUAAAAAAAGAAAGAAGAAAACGAAAAAAGCAGGUCGAACACGUAGCGUUCGACGACUAGCUAUGUCGUGUUCUUAUUGCUUAUUGUUAAGGCAAACGAGCGCGAAGCAGCAGCAAGCAAUCAGCUAAAAACACGCAAGGAAGAAAAAAAAAAGUAAAGGGAGAAAGAGAAGGAAAGUUAUGUAGUCCGUGUGACCCGAGAUUUCCAAUGGGCCGGUUUCGCCCAUCUUUUGGAGAACGUUUUAGAGCAUAAAGCAGACACCAAUAUGACAAUAUACUAAUGAAAUUAAUUUCCGGCUCGGUUACUAUUACCCAUUGCCUCCACAUCCCCUUUAAAAGAAACUUGGAAAAACGAAAAAAAAAAAACAAAACACCGGACAUCCAUUUAUUGUACAAUUUCGCCGUUUAUUUUUCGACACAUUAGUACAUGCGAUUAGACGUGGAUCCGGGCUCGCGUAAUCCAUGCGUUCCCCGACAAAAGAGAUAAAGAAUGUGAGAGAGAGAGAGAAAGAUCGAACGAGCGUGAGAGAGGGAGAGAAAGGAAAAGAAGAAACACAACUGUAAAACACAUUAUGGCCGUGAAUGAAUCGAAGCGAGAUGCGUGUGACCGUUCUUUUUUUUUUCUUUUUGCGAGAACAUUAUCAAUUAUCUUAAAGGAAGAAAAAAAUGACAAAAAAAACUGUAGUAACGUCGCAAUUGUAUGUUGUAAACAUUACUAUUUCAAAUAUAAUGUCAUUAUUAACAGGA